AUGGGUCGCGAAGAUCAGAUCGAAGAGCGCGAAGUGCUCGACUCCAUUUUCCCCGAGGAGAUCACAGAUAUUUCUGACACUUCCUAUCGGAUAUCGAUCGUCCUGGACCCCCCCGACAAUGACGUCGAAGAGCUCGAGCCGCCAGUCCUGAAUCUGCACGUGUCAUACCCGGAAGACUAUCCGGACGUUGCCCCGGAACUCGACAUCACCGCGGCCCCCAAUGCACCGAAACACCCCCGACUCGAUGUCUCGGAGGACAAGGACAGGCUGCUCGAGGCGCUGCAGCCGACCAUCGAAGAGAACAUGGGGAUGGCGAUGGUGUUCACGUUGGUGAGCGCGCUGAAGGAGAGCGCCGAGCUGCUUAUGGCGGAGCGGGUCAAUGCCAUCCACGCGGAGCGCGAGAUGGAGGCGGCCAAGCGCGAGGAAGAGGAGAACCGGAAGUUCCAGGGCACGGCUGUCAACCGGGAGACGUUCCUGGCGUGGCGGGACAAGUUUAUGAAGGAGAUGGAGGACGAAGAGAAGAGGCUGCGCGAGGAGAAGGAAGCCGAGGACAAGAAGGCACAGAAGAAGGCGCCCGGGAAGGAGGAAAAGAAGCUCACGGGCAAGCAACUGUGGGAGCGCGGUCUGGCUGGCAGAGCAGACUUUGAUGAGGACGAGGAGGAUGCUAUGCCCGCUGCUGUAGAGAAGAUGAAGAUCGCCGCAUAG